AGGUAGUAGAUUUAGGUUCACUAUCAUCAUAGCCCAUCUAAAAGCGCACGGCACCGCCUCCCAACGGUCGCUCUGCACCACAACGCGCUUCUGAUGAGCAGGGUCUUCCAUUCCAGCCUGAGUCCACCAACUGCCAGUUCAGUUGAGCAAACUUUGCAGAGGAGUGGAAAUCGGAGUGGAUUUCGUUGGUUUUCUAUUAUUUAAACACCUGACUAAAUUCCACUAUUUGGAGAAAAACUCGGACAUCAUCCAACAUCAAUUCAGUUGGAUUUAAAGUUAUGGCACUAUCAGUGCUGCGCAGCAGUUUGCUUUUGCUAUGUGUGACAACUAUCCAUACUUGCCAUGGUGGCGGACAGAACUGCAUGGACAAACACCAGUUGGUUGGUGUUCUCCGUCAGAUGGAGAAGUUUCUGAAGGGACAGGAGAUGAGGUUCACAGAGGGACUACGCAUCAUGAAGUCCAAACUGGCAACCCUACAGAACUCUGUGUCCAAGCUACCGCAGGCCGAUCAGUCGGCUGCUCCGUCCGUUUGCCCCUCCCUGGACGCACCUGUCCACGGGAGGAAGUUUGGCUCCAAGUCUUUCAUCAGUCAUGAGGUCCAUUUUACCUGUUCCCAUGGUUACCACCUGGUGGGCCCCGAGACACGUGUGUGUCAGGAGAACGGGAGUUGGAGCGGUGUCAACACCAUCUGUAAAGAUGUGAGUGAGUGCUCCAGUAACCCAUGCCAGAACGGAGGGACCUGUGUAGAGGGAGUAAACCAGUACAGGUGCACCUGUUCACAGAGCUGGAAUGGAUCCAACUGUCAGCACCAGACACAGACGGCUCCGCCCGAGUGGAGCGUCAUGAAUGACCCGGCGUUCAGCAGACGUCCCCGCUGUGCCAAAGUGGACCGCGCCCAACACUGCAGCUGCGAUGCUGGCUUUCACAUGAGUGGGACAUCUGACAACAGUAUCUGCCAGGAUGUAAAUGAGUGUGAGGUGUACCGGCUGGACCAGGGGGGCAAGCUGUGUGUGUACGAGUGUGUCAACAUACCAGGCUCCUACCACUGCUCCUGCCCCAGCCACUAUAAGCUGCUGCCUGAUGGUAGGAGCUGUGAGGAUGUGGAUGAGUGUCUGACCCAGCAGCACAACUGCAGUAGAGGAACAACAUGUAUCAACACUGGAGGAGGGUUCCAGUGUGUGAGCCCGGAGUGUCCCCGAUCACACGGCAACAUCAGCUACGUCAAGACGUCUCCCUUUCAGUGUGAGAGGAACCCCUGCCCUAUGGAGAGUCGUUCCUGUCACCUGGCUCCUAAGACGGUCUCCUUCCACUACCUCUCCCUCCCCUCCAACCUCCAGACCCCGGCAACCCUGUUCCGCAUGGCAACCGCAGCCGCCCCCGGCCGCCCCGGCCCCGAUAGCCUGAGAUUCGGCAUUGUCGGGGGAAACAGCCGCGGGAUGUUCGUGAUGCAAAGGUCGGACCGCCAGACGGGUGAAUUGAUCCUAGUUCAGAGGUUAAGAGGACCACAGAAUAUCAGUGUUGAUGUGGACAUGUCAGAGUAUAGUGAUCGCACCUUCCAGGCUAAGCAUGUGGCGAAGGUGCAUAUUCUGGUAUCAGCGUAUAACUUCUGAGGAGGAUGGACGGACAGAGGAACGAGUGAAAGGGACAGAGGGAGGAAGGGAGAAGAGGAACGAAGAAGGAGGAGAGAGGGAGAAGAAUGGAGAAAAGGAGGAGGAGAGAGGGAGAAGGAUGGAGAGAGGGAGGAGGGCAGAGAGAGAGGGAGGAGGGCAGAGAGAGAGGGAGGAGGGCAGAGAGAGAGGGAGGAGGGCGGAGGGAGGAGGAGAGAGGGAGAAGGACGGAGAGUGAAGGACAGAGGGAGAAGGACGGAGAGAGAGGAUGACGGAGAGAGAGAGAAGGGAGGAGAGAGAGAUGAGGACAGAGAGAGGGAGGAGGACGGAGCGAGGGAGGAGGACGGAGAGAGAGAGGGAGAAGUCGGAAGGAAACGACAGAGCGGGAGGACAGAAUGGUUUGGACUGACGUCGAUUAUGAAGUAUAUGAGUGAGGAUGGUACUGAAAUUAAUGAAUGGUGUAUUGAGUGAGUUAAUUACUGAAUGAGUGAGUGGGUGAGUGAGUAAACAUUUGUAAAGCAAACUAAAAGAGUGGUAAUGGAAUGGUAAUGAGGUUGCCAUGGUGACUGAAGGCUUUGCUCGUAUAUAUGCAAUGACAUUGUGUAACAAUGACAUCAGUUUAAAGGCCCACACUGUUCCUUUAAAGCUGUUUAUCAAAACGACUGAAAAUAUCACAGAAUGGGCCUUUAAGAGUCAUGAACCCCAGAAUGCGUCCAAAGUGGCACCAUAUUCACUAUUAAAUAAACUACUUUUUCGUGCACUAUGUAGGGAAAGGGGUGCCAUUUGGGACGUAGACCCUUUAAACCAUGAAGCACUCACAUGGCCCUGAUUUAUCAGAAUAUGUUGUUGUUGUUGUUUAUUUUGACACAGUCAGUGAUUCAAUGCAGUGUGAUGUUACCUUAUAUCAGGUACAGCUGUUUUUACUGGCUUGCUUUGUGAUUAUAGGACCAAAACUCUAAGAACAACUUAAGGCGGUUUGGAUGUAGUUUUUAACAAUAGCAUUGUACUUUGACAUAUUUCUAGUAUCAUAUUGGGCUAUUACAGGGUAACUACAGUGAUUUGGCAGCCUUGCCAAUGCAGUGUACAAUAUCAUCUGAUGUUUUAAGGAGUCUUUAUUAUCGCACAUAACUAUUUCUCCUGAAAUAAAGACCGUCCUUCACUACUACUUUGACCUAAUUUACAUGCAACAAAUCAGUUAGUUUGACCUGAUUUACACCCUGUGUCCCUAUCCAAAACACAUCGGUUAGUUUGAUCUGAUUUACACCCUGUGUCCCUAUCCAAAACACAUCAGUUAGAUUGAUCUGAUUUACACCCAUGUCCCUAUCCAAAACACAUCAGUUAGUUUGACCUGAUUUACACCCUGUGUCCCUAUCCAAAACACAUCAGUUAGUUUGACCUGAUUUACACCCUGUGUCCCUAUCCAAAACACAUCAGUUAGUUUGACCUGAUUUACACCCUGUGUCCCUAUCCAAAACACAUCAGUUAGUUUGACCUGAUUUACACCCUGUGUCCCUAUCCAAAACACAUCAGUUAGUUUGACCUGAUUUACACCCUGUGUCCCUAUCCAAAACACAUCAGUUAGUUUGAUCUAAUAUACACCCUGUGUCCCUAUCCAAAACACAUCAGUUAGUUUGAUCUAAUAUACACCCUGUGUCCCUAUCCAAAACACAUCAGUUAGUUUGACCUGAUUUACACCCAUGUCCCUAUCACACAACAAAUCAGUUAGGAUGAUCAAGUGAUCAGUAAUAUGAUCAGCUAUGUUCAGGUCUAAAGAAGAAUUGAUCAGAAAAAAAGCAUGUUUAUAGGGAAGUCCUUUGAAAUCACAAACCAGAAUGGAGGUCAAAGCCUGCACAUACUGGACUGUUGGUCAAUGUUAGAACCGAAAGAAUGUCACGGCAGAGCUUUCACUUAGUUGUGACUGGAGUAAUAGCCAUAUGGAAAUUAAAGAUAUACUUCAG